AUGUUGAUCUUCUAUCUCAUUCUCUUAAUUCUCUCAUCUGCCAUUUUAGAUUCAUCUGGGUUCACAAUGGCCCAAAAGUUGGAAGCAAUUGGUGGGAAGGGCGGUAAACUUUGGGAUGAUGGACCCGACCAUGACCAGGUCCCAAAGGUUUAUAUACGAGGUGGUCAUGAAGGCAUUCACUACAUCAAAUUCGACUAUGUGAAGAACGGAAACUCCAUAAAUGCAACGAUUCAUGGUGGUUUGGCCGAUGGUUUUACACAGACGUUAGAGCUUGCCAAUGACAACUACGAACAAAUUGCAUCGGUUGAAGGUUACUAUAACGAAAAGACAGGUGUGAUGCAGGCACUCCAAUUUAAAACCAACCUCAAGACUUCAGAAUUUAUUGGAUAUCAAAAAGGUACUAAAUUUUCACUUGGAGUCAGUGGAAAAAUCAUUACUGGCUUCCAUGGAUCUGCGGGGCAUAACCUCCGCUCUCUUGGAGCAUAUUUAAAGACUGCUCCUACCAGAUCGGAACUCCAAGGUGGCCCAGGAGGCGUAUAUUGGGAUGAUGGUCCUAAUUACGAUGGCGUAAGAGCAGUGCAUGUUACUUUUACUGAAACUCAUAUAAGGAGUAUGGACAUCGACUACGACCAAGACGGUCAAGUGGUACCUUGUUAUCACGGGAUGAAGAAUGGAGAAACACAAGGGUUUGCAGUGGACUUUCCUAAUGAAUAUAUGACGUCUGUGGAGGGUACCUACAACCAUAUACAUGAGGGUAACUAUUUGGUACUUACGUCGUUGACUUUCAAAACAUCAAAAGGAAGAACUUCUCAGACAUUUGGAUUGAUCACUGGUACCAAAUUCGUGUUGGAGAGUCAAGGCAAUGCCAUUAUAGGGUUUCAUGGAAGGGAUGGUGGGUCUUUUGAUGCUAUCGGAGUUUAUUUCGCUCCAGUGGUUCCAUCGUAG